AUGGGGAGCCCACCGGCCAAGAUGAAGGUCUGUCCCAUGCACCUGCUUUCUGUAAGAGUCAUACAAGCCAAGAACAUCAAGUCGAGAGACCUGUGGUCUGUUCUACUUUCCUGCCAAAACCUUGCGCGGAAAUGUUAUUCACUGCUUGAUACCAGUCUGAAGUAUUUAGGCUUCUCGGGCUGCAGUAAACUUCCUCGGUCAAGUCCAGACUCCCGCUCUGAAAGACAUCACCCUGAAGAUUUCCUUUCACAACGCUGUCAAGCUCCGCAAAUGACUGCAUCAGACUGCUAUGUGCGCUUGUGGCUGCCAUCUGCUUCAAAUGAAAAGCUUCAGACCAAAACCGUCAAGAAUUCUGAUGACCCUGUCUGGAAUGAGACUUUCUACUUUAGGAUCCAGAGUGAAGUUGAGAACGUCUUAGAAUUGGCAGUGUGUGACGAAGAUCCUCUCACCAAAGAUGACAUGCAGUUCACAGUUCUUUUUAAUGUUGCUAGAGUCAAACCUGGAAGGACAGUCCGUGAGACUUUUGCUUUGAAAUCAGAGAAAGAAACAUGCAUUAAGAAAUGGGAAUGUUUGGAAGUGGAAUUCAGAAUGGAAAGAAUUCCUGGCCCUCCAGAGCACCUCCUUACCAAUGAUGUCCUAGUGUCCCGUGAGAUUUGCUGCUUGGAAGUGCAAGUGGAUGGAAAUGAAAGCAAGAAGUACUGGAAAGAGGGCAAAAAUGUUGUGCUUAUGGUUCCUGAAUCUCAUGAAGGAACACAGAAGACUACAGAGGACACAAAUUAUUUCUGCUUCCAUUGCGUGAAGGCGUGGGAGCCAGUACUAAAAGUCAAGCUGCAGAAAGUUUCUGAUAAGGAAGAUGACAACAGCAAUUUAAGUGACACCUUAACAGUACCACUAAAAUUUCUCCCCGUUGGACAUAGAGUGACAGUAGUCCUCCAUGUAAGAAAUAAUGUACCGCUGCAGGUGUAUCUCCAGCUAAAUGAUUGCACAGAAAAACUAGAUGUGCGCUUGGGGUAUAAUCUGUGCCCAGAAGAACACAUGUUCUUGCAAAAAAGGAAGAGAGUGGUUGCCAAUGCCUUGAAAAAGGUUCUUCAUCUGGAAAGAGAUCUACAUGAACAUGAGGUCCCAGUAAUAGCUGUUAUGGCAACAGGUGGAGGCCUCAGAGCAAUGUCAGCAAUGUUUGGCCACCUCGCAGCUCUUCAGAAGCUAAAUCUGUUGGACUGUGUUACCUAUAUCACUGGGGCUUCUGGCUCAACAUGGACCCUAGCGGACCUCUAUGAGCAUGCUGAUUGGUCACAGAAGACUCUGGAGGGGCCACUUAAGGCAGUAAAAGAGCAAGUGACAAAAUGCAAGUUGAAUGUUAUGUCUGUGGAGCAUUUGAAGUAUUAUCACCAGGAACUAGCUGAAAGGGCAAAAGAAGGACAUAUCUCAUCUUUUACAGCCCUGUGGUCACUUGUUCAGGAAAUGUUCUUGCAUAAUGAGCCAAGAAAAUACAAACUCACAGACCAGCGCAAGGCACUGGAGCAUGGCCAAAACCCCUUGCCUUUCUAUGCGGUCCUCAAUGUCAAAGAGGAAAAGUUCAGCACUUUCAAAUUUAGAGAAUGGACAGAGUUUUCUCCUUACGAGGUGUCCAUACCAAAAUACGGAGCCUCCAUUCCUUCAGAAUAUUUUGACAGUGAGUUCUUCAUGGGAAGACGAGUGAAGAAGUUAGCAGAAUCUCGGAUCUGCUAUCUGGAAGGUCUUUGGACAAACAUUUUCACUAGGAAUUUGCUGGAUGGCUUGUAUUGGUCUUCAAAUUCGAAUGAAUUCUGGGAACGAUGGGCCAAAGAUAUGGUAGAUAUAGAAAAACAUUCCCCUGAGGAUGAUAUCACUGUCAUCGAGCCUCCAUCUUGUUUGGCAGGAAAACUCUAUGAAAUGUUUCAGGAUAUUAUGACAAAGCGUCCGCUGCUAGGAAAGAGUCAUAACUUCCUAAGAGGCCUGCAAUUUCAUAAGGAUUAUGCCCACCAGAAAGACUUUACUGAAUGGAAAGACACUGUGCUGGAUGCUUUCCCUAACAGCCUGACACCGCUGCAGAAAGCCCUUUGCCUCAUCGAUGUUGGUUAUUUCAUUAACACCAGUGGUGCAGCCCUCCUCAAGCCAGAGAGGAAUGUGGACGUCAUUAUCUCACUUGAUUAUGGUUUGGGCACUGCGUUCAAGCAAUUAGAGAUGACAUAUAAAUAUUGCAAGAUACAAGGAAUUCCAUUCCCGAAAGUGGAGCUAAGUAAAGAAGAUGAGACGAACCCAAAGGAGUGUUACGUGUUUUUGGAUACAGAGGACCCCAGAGCACCUGUAGUAAUCCAUUUUCCCCUGGUAAAUGAUACGUUUAAGGAAUUCAAGGAACCUGGGGUAAAGCGCUGUCAUACAGAGAUGGAAGAGGGCAAUGUAAAUCUGGAGAACAACUGCUCUCCCUACUACCUCAUCAGGCUAAUCUACUCCUCUGAAAAUUUUGAUAAACUGGUCAACCUGUGCAAGUACAACAUCCUCAACAACAAAGACCUGCUCCUUCAGGCAAUCCGGAGUGCUGUGGAACGGAGGAGAAGUAGCAGGAUUGGGAAUCUACCCAGCUACUCUGCAGCCAGAUAUACCUAGGCUGGGUUUUUGCAGGAAAUGG